AUGUCCAGCAAGGAUUCCAUCGCAGAAAAGGACGCAACUGAUGAAUUUCCAAAAUCGGACGAUCUCAUCAAGGAGGACUAUUCCGCAUUAAAGCAGACGCUGAACACCAUCCAGAAAGAAAACACAGCCUUGAAGGAGGACAACUUACAGAUAACAGCAACCAUCGACGAGCUUCGACACACUGUAGAUGAACUGCAAAAGACUCUCGCAACUGCAAAAAGUGAUUUGGCUGCUUAUGACGAGCGUCACGCCACCAUUUUGAGUGAACUGAACGGAUUGAAAGAAUCAAUAAUGGACUCCAAUAGAAUGUAUCAAGACAUCUCAAACCCACAACCAUCACAGACCGCGCUCUUGCCAAAUGAAGCCAGAGACACGAUUGCAUCCUCCCAACGUAGUAUUCCUGCACCUUCUAAAGUAUUGCUAGACGAGAAUAAGAAGAAAGACAAUAGAUUAGUAGAAUUAAGACGUAUCACAAGAGAAUACAUGAAUGUUAGUGACGAGGAAGCAGGGCUCAGACUAUACAAGCUGCAGAAAACAAUGAUCCAUGUCGUGUCUGAUUUGAAAAAGUACAUGAUGAGUCGACACGAAGAUGUAACCAAAUCGUGGAAGUCUAUCGACAUCAGCACACAAAGAGUGGCAUUUGAGAUGGUGGAAAAAGAAGCAAGCAAUCUGGGUGUGCCUUUGAAUUUGUGUAUUGGUUACUGGGGUGCAAGAAGAUUGAUCAGUAAAUCUUGGGCAAAUGCCUUGAGAACAUCCAAGAAGCACGUUAAUACAGGUCCCGAGACGAGAGAAGAUAGGCCAGAGGAUGAUCAACCAAGGGCAACAGAUGUUACGGAACCUUCUCCAGAUACCGAUAUUCAUGACAACAAUGACAACAACAAUAACAUCACUAAUACUACUCACGAUGAUCAAGACGACGCCUCUUCACCCUCACCUGACUGCAGAGCUUCCAAAAGACCAAAGACUAAGGCAUAA